GUUCAGGGAAAUUUGUUGAACGGGCGUUUUUGUUUCGAUCAGUUUUGUUUACAAUUUUUCAAGUGUAAUUUUUCUUAUAAUUUUUGUUAAUAAUUAAAUAAAAAGACACAGUCGAAAUGGAGUGGAGUUUUGGCAACACCGUGAUGCUCGCAGGAAUCGUCAAACAGUAUCCGAUUUUGUACGACGGAACGAUCCACUACAGAAAAAGGCAAUUUGCCUGGGGCUUGGUUGCGAAGCGAAUAGGACAGGAAGCAACCCCCAAGGACUGCCAAAUCAAGUGGAGCAACUUGAAAAAGGAGUUUAGCCUGUCCCUAGGCCGUACUUCGCCAUCACCCAACAGUGCACUGGCUCCGCAUUUGAGCUUUCUGCUUCCGUUUAUGAAGCAGCUGCAAACCACCGAAGAAAGGGCACUUGAUCCGAUGAAUAGUUUGAAGUACUUGAUAAAGCUAACAGGUUUAGUUCGAGAGCACCCUUGCCUGUACAACAAACGUGGCAAGCAACUUAGGGCAUCCAUUUGGGAGCAGAUUGCAACGGAUAUGGAAGAUGGAACAACUGGCACACAAUGCCAAACCAGAUGGUUGAGACUGCGAAACAAAUACACCAACUCCCUGAGAAUGGGAACUCCAAUGACACCAAACGGAAUGAAACAGCAUCUCGAAUUUUUGAACGAGUACGUGAAUGUGCAACCACAAAUUUCACAAAAACCGCCGCCACCCUUGAAGGAGAGCGAAGACGACAAGUUUCUGUACAAGCUGAUUGACGUCGUCCGAGAUUAUCCUAUCCUGUACGAUGGAACCAAAUUCAAUCCUGCAAUCUUUGAAACUAAUUGGCAGAAUGUGGCUAAAACGUUAGGAAACGGAGCAACUGCCAGCGAUUGCCGAUACCGAUGGCGAAAACUGCGCAAAAAUUUGAAACUUCAUCUGAAGGGCACAACGUUUCAGUUGAAAAAUCCCGCCUUAAUUCAACGGCUAGAGUUCCUAAAGCCGUACGUGAUGUAUAAACGGCCUGCCGAAGAAACCCACAUGACGGAAGCGAAGCGGCGAGCUGGCCUGUUGGUCACCUUUGGUCGGCAGUGCCAGGCCCUGCAAAUCGAUAUCCGGGACAACGAUACGAUGCAUCUGUUGAACUUUCUGCCGGACAUGGCAAGCAUGAACGAGGCGCAGAAGAGACGCUUCCGGAUUGGGGCGGUUAAGACAGCCCGGGAGAUUCUCGGCGAUGACGCGACUGACUGACUGACUGACGUGAUAUGCAGAAAAUCUAGAUGUAAAUUAAUUAUACGGCAACUUUGUUUUAAAGCGCAAUAAAAUUGAAAAUAACUAAAACUAAUUUAAA